AUGGCGGAACCGUACCUGUCGAACAAAAAAAUUUACGAGUUGUUGUCGACAAACACCUACAAAGGACAUGAGAAGGGAAUCCUGAGAGCCUUCGAGAGGAGGUACUGCAAGCUUCUGACCUACCUGGGCACAGACAAGAAGGAGCAGGAAAUUAUAUCCAUUAAGAUGCAGAAAUUUAUUAAUGAGAACCUGAGCUUCAGUGAUACCAAAUCGUACUUCUUUGGAUUUUCGAAAGAGCUUCUGGUGCACUGCAUGCGGGUGUAUUAUUACGAGGAACUGUGCUCGGGCGCCAACUGCGGGGGGGUUAACAAUCUUGGUGGGGUUAGUGGCGAUGGGAGUGAUGGUAACCAUGCAUCGUUUACCUCCGGCGCGGAUGAGAAGCUAUUCAAGUACCUGGAGAAGAAUGCGGAUCAGAUCGACAUGGCGAAACUACACGACAUUUAUUGCGACGAAUAUUUUUACCUAUUCAAGAAUGUCAUGUGUGUGCUGAAAACGUGCGCAGUGUUCUAUGCCUACCCGAAUUACAAAGCAGAGGAUUUGGCAUUCGAGAGGAACUUCUUCUACGUGCUCUUCGAACUGGUGGAAGGAAAACUCAACAUUCAACAACUGUUCCAGAUAUACUUCGAUACGUAUAAAGACACCAACAACUAUUUUGAGAUAAUCAACAAGACAGAUGUAGAGAACAUGACAUGGGUAUACAAGUACAUUAUCCUCUUCCUGAACGUUCAAAUAUGUUGCAUUAAUAUAUUUUUUUACAUGCAACUCAGACUUAACAUUUUUUCAAAAUACAAUUUGAAAUCCAUGAUGAAUAUGUUUUUGUCUUCGUCUCAUGUGGACACCCAGAGUGUAUCAUGCGUAUUCGAGAGAGAGCAAAAAGUAGGAGAGCACCCCCACAGCGACAUAGUUACGAGUACUCUCCUGCAGAAGGAGUACUCCCUUAUUUUUCUCAUGGGUUCAAUAAGUAAUCUUCUCACCUGGGAAGACCACAAUAGACUUGUAAAGGGUCUCUCCCCCCAGUCAGUCGUUUUAAUGAAUUUUUUUUUUCUCUUUAAGGAUGAAAAAAACUUUAAAAAUUACCAAGAUAAUAUCCGCCUGCUAGCCGAGUGCCUACCACAUCUCUACGAAAUUAUCAACAAAUUUUAUUUUAUAAAUGAUAACUUCGUGUAUAAGUGGAUCAUCCUGCGUGUGCUUAACAAUGCUCUGUGCACGGAGAAGGAAAGGGAAGGUGACGUUCUUCCCUUCGAUGGAGAGACUGACUUGGACUCCAAAAACAAUAACAACUGUGCAGACAAUAAAGAGGAGAUGAUGGAUGGAGGGGAAAAGGUUCGUCGGGGUGACCACCCACAGUACUAUAACCGAAGGAAAGCAAAGAGCUCUCGAAUGAGCGGAAAAGGUGAAGGAGGAGAUGGUUUCUCAUCAGCUUCAAACUGCAUGACGGAAGAGGAAGAUGAAGAUGAUCAGAUGGGGGAGGAUGGAAAAAUAAAGAUCUCAGGACAGGUCCGCCACGUAGGGUUCCAGUCCAUGUCUGAAAGAGAUAUAAAUUUCUCUCUCAUAAAAAGCAUGAAGAAACAUAUCGAGAAAAAAGAAUUCUUUAAAAAAACAAUAAACUUUGAUUUAUUUUUCAAGAUCUGUGUAUGUCUCUACAGUAAAGAUGAUUAUAUUUUGUUCAGGCAAGAUAUAUUGAAAGAGGGGAAGAACAUUCACCUGUGUAUGGAGUACUUGAAGGAGGAGGACAGUCAGUUUGAGCUCGACCUGUAUGCACACAAGUAUUUUCUUUACGAGUUCAGUUAUGGAAACACCGAAAUCGUUACCACAAAGGGGGAGAGGAAAAAGAGGGUUCCUUCCUACCUGUCCAUAGAAAGCAAAAAUAUUUUGUUAGAAAUUUCAUCUCUCUUUUUUUCCUACGAUUAUUUGAAGUGGUAUAGCAGAUCCGACAGGGACAACCUCCAACAUGGUUACCUAGAACAUGAUCAUCUGCAACAGGAAAAUCUUCCCAUUGGGUUCACCCAUCGGGAAGAUUCCAUAUACCACCCCGUGAUUUUGCAAAAUGUCAACCGUCUAGUCCUAGAACUGUUCUAUAGCAAAGUUAGCGACUCCUCAGUGGAGCAUCUCAUCAUGUUCAAUCACAAUCUGUUAUCCAUAUAUAGAAUAUUGAAAGCGCUGAUAGGGACCAGUGCUAAUUUAGUUAGUUUUAAUGAAGUGGUGAAGAGGGUUGAUGAAAUAUCGAAGAGGAAUGACAAGAGAAUGAUCGCCGUUAACACAACCGAGGAGUUUAUGGUUACCAUAAUAGAAAACUCUCUCUACUUUAAGAUAACGGAGACAUUGAAGAGGAAGAAGUUAAAUGGAGGAAGCGUCUUUAUCACCUAUAUGGAAUAUUAUUACAUUAUGUUAGAUUUCUAUUGCAAGUAUAUAUAUAAUAAUUUUGUUAAGAACAGAAGGAAGGAUUUCCUUGAAGACCAUUUUUUUCACACAUUCCAAUACAUCAUUCUUUUUUUCUGUAAAAUUUUAAAAAUUAACAAAUGCUUCCAUGUCUUGAUAGAAAUAAAAUUAAAUAAUUAUUUCGGUUUGAGUUAUGAUAUGUUAAACAGCUUUGUCAGUCUGUUCACUUUCCUUUUUUUUUUCUCCUUGAAAUAUAAAGAGAUGAAUGGAUUAAAUGAAGAAAUAUCCUCUUGCUUACUUUUUCUUCUGAAAAAAAUUAAUAUUAACAAAUUGAAUGCUUACGUUUUUCAAAUUUUUUCUCAUUUGGAACAUGAAGAUUUUCUACGGAAGGAGAGGAAAGAAGGAGCUCAGGAGAGACCACGAAACAUGUUCAGCAGUUCCGACAGGGAAUACACACACACGGAUGAGAAGGGAGAUGAUCUAAUCAACACUGAUCCGAACCUUCUGGCGGGUAAUUUCCAUUCGGAGAACUACUUCACUCGCAGCGACAACUACGGCGACCUUGCCAACUUCAAGUACGAGAAGGACCAAAUGGAUAUUAAGGAGAAUUUCCGUAUCGACAUUUCCUUCCUCAAGAUGUUCGUCUUGAUGGAUGAGGUGCGCCAGGUGGAGGUGCCCCCCCCCAGGGAUCGAAGCGGCAGUGAGAACGAUGGGGGCAUCGACAAGGGCGACAGCGAUAAGGAUAGCGUCGAUGGAAGUGAGAGUGACGGAAGUCACAGCGAUCGAAGUGAUCAGACUGAUCAAACCGAUCAAACCGAUCAAACCGAUCCAACCGCUCAACCUGACGAAUGGGAAGAAAGGGAGAGCGACAAUUUCCGUGAUCAGUCGUUCCGACGUGCGCAGGAACACGCCGCAGAAAGUUUCAGCUUGGAGGAAAUUUGCGUGGUGACGCUUUUGCACCUGUUCCAAGUAGAAGACCACAAGGCGAACUUCAUCGCAGACCUGCUCAGGGUAUACGAAGAGGAAAAAAAAAAAAAAAUCUACCCAUGCACAGAGGCAAUUUUAAAAAUUUUUCAAAAAAUGAUUAAGAGGAAAGGAAGUACCUUCUUCCACCAGGAUGUGUACAAGUCAUUUCAAAAUAAAGUUCUGCAAAUGUUAGACAACGUGGAGAUACUAGAAAGCAAGUGGGUUACAUGGGUCUUCACGAAUUGUAAGGGUACCUUUAAAAGGGAGAAGGACAUUGAUAUUAAAAAAUUGGUUAAGCUCUUUUUUUUUUCCUUUUACAAAUUUUUAAAACGAUAUUUUGUCCAGAUAAGCACUUUCUUGAAAAAUAAAAAAAUGUAUAACAGCCAUAACAGUUUUAACGACUUUUAUUUCUUCCUCUUCUCCAAAUAUAUUAACAAAAUUUUUACAGAAAACUUUUCCUCCUCCUUUAUUUUUAAGUUGAAAAAAUUCUCCAUCCUGAAUACAUCCAUAUCGAUUGUGAAUUACAUGCUCAAAAUGAUGAAGGUUGUAAACUUGCAAAGGUUGAAGGAUGUGCAUAGCGAGUUGAGUUGUUCUUUGGUCACAAGUUUACCGAUUUCUUCAUCCCUUUUAAAUAUUUCUAAUGAGGACCAUAUCAACCGGGGGGAGGGCACAAGGGAGGAGAUGAUUCUUCACCUGCCCAGGGAGCAUAAAAAUGAAUCAGUACCUUUUUGCCCACAAAAUGGAAGAAAGAACGAAUCAGCCAUCUUCAACAGUUUCAUGAAAAAUAUAAUUAUUAACCAUAAGACCUUGCUUCACAGACCGGAAUUAUAUUCUACAAAGAGAGUGAAUAUUUUUCAAAUAGGAAAAGAUUCAAGGAAUCACACGAACAAUGGUUAUACCAUGGAUUACUUGCAAGACAUUCUGUUGCUUGAAAAGGAAAACCAAGAUUGGGAACUGAUACAGAGUAGUAAUAACAUUUCCUCUAACAGAGUUAAUACUCCAGGGGGGGUUACAAGUUGCCGUCAGAAUGGUACCCACAUGGAUAACAUGCAAAGGAAUCAUCGCGCAGUGAAAGUUGAGCGGCUACUUCAUCCAUCCACAGUAAAUUUCAGUAUGAAUGGAUCCUCAGUAAAUGAGAACUCUAUUGUCCAUCAUGAAACAUUUGAUUCAGAAAUAGAAGAAUUAUCACCUGUAGAGAGAUACAAAUUCACCUUUUCAAACUUUUUCAAUCACAUAAAAAAUUUUCUAAAAAUCGUCCUCCAAAAUAAUUAUGUUUUUUUUCUCAGCGACUUUUUACUAAUGCAUUAUGAACAGUCUGGCAAAAAAAAUAAUUUGUUCAAAUAUAACCUGAACAAGUCAGGUGGAUUUUACUCAGUUUUUAAUUUCUUCAUUAAUGAAUAUAUUGACAAUUACUACAAGGGUAGAUAUGGGCAGAUGGAGUGUCGCUCUGUGAAGACUCAACAUUUUAGAAAGCUCAACGAACAGGUGGUUAAUCGUAUCCUGCUUCUCUUUUCUCUGCUAUUGGAGGCUUCUUGUGAACUCUCGUUUUUGGAGGAAAUCAACAGUGUGUGUACAAACAUUUCGAACCAGAUUUUUUCUCUCUUCGACACUUCUCACUUGAUUUUGAAUUUAUUUUCCAAGGUUACGUUGAGCGUCAUUCCAAAGGACGACGUGGUCAGUCAAGUCAUCAACAACGAUAUCCUGAGCAUGGAGAAAAGGCAGGCGGAAGAAAAGAGGGAAAUACUCACCAUAUCCCUUCUCUAUUUCCUCACAUACAACUACAAAAAUAUUUGUAAGUUCUAUCUAAGCCUGAACCGAUAUUUUAAGAUGAACGACUUCAACAACAUUUAUUUCUUGUGCAAGUACAGCCGGGGCUUUCUACCUCUCCCCAAGGUAAUCACUUUAUUCCUGCAAAGAAUCUCGUUCUGUCUGGACAAAGCGAAGAGUGCAACAACGGAUAACAUUAGGCUUACCUACAUGAAGAGGGUUUUCCACGUGCUGAAGUUUGUCUACGAUUUUGUGAAGGAUAACGAUUUGGUAACCGUUUCCAUAUUUCGAAGUUUGUUCCAUGUCCUUCUAAGCAUCAUCAAGGGGUUCGUGAAGGAUAGCGAGAGGGAGGAACGGAAAGCGGAAAAUUGGAAAGCGGAAAAUCGGAAAGCGGAAAAUCGGAAUGAGGGAAAUCAGACGGAAGAAGAAUCCCCCUGUGAAGUGGCAUCCUACCAAUUCUACCAUUUGCGCGUUCUUAACUUAGCUCUCCACUUUGCCAACGCUAUUUAUUUUAACCUGACCCAGGUGGAAAGAACAACCGGGGGUAAAUCAAACAAAGAAAAUACUCCCAAGGAAGAAAGUCCAAAGGGGGAGGAGGAGGAAAAGGGAGGGCUAUACCUGAAGGAGCCAUUCUGGUACAAUGUAGAAAAGUUGCUGGACCUGUUCACGCGUAGGUUAAAAAGAAACACCGACAAAUUCCUAUACUCAAGGACCCACCAUCUAUAUACAAGAGAAGCUAAAAAAGAAAUAACCAUCUACAUGCAUAACCUUAACAUUAUGUGCGAGGUGUUCGAACUCAUCAUCAAAGGAAUAUAUACCAAGGAGAGUCUGGUGUACAGAUUAAUCAUUCGGAUUUCUUACGAUCCUAUCAUUUCUAGCGUAUUUUUUAAUGUAAAUUAUGAUACCCUGAACCAAAUGAUGAGUUCCUAUCUACAGCUACACAGGAAAAAGAUGGAUUCUGCGGAGAACAUGAAAUUGUUGCUCAUCAAUUGUAGAGGUGUAAAUGUAAGCACAUACGGAAUUAUCAAUGAUGAUGCCCUUAUUGAAAAUGUGAUGAAACUUAUUGACCAGAAGAAGAUAAACCAUAAAUAUGUUGUCAACCUCAGUGAAAGUAGAAAAUCUAUGCACCGUGGAAAGAACAAUGUGGUGGAGGAGAAAAAUCAUUGCUUUUCGGUGAAGAGUUUAAUUCAAAAGAAGAUUGAACUGUUGGAUUCGGAUUAUGUAUAUAAUAGAAUUUUCAACGGGAAGGCAAAAAGAUAUGGAAAAAAGAAUUUUCUCUUCGACGUUAGGAACUACCUGUACUGUAUGAACGUUUGUGGAGGUAGAGGAAAUGGCGUGACUAGCGGAACAGGUGGUGGGAAUACCAUCGCGCAGGAGCACCUCCGUCAGAUUGACUUAUUCCCCGGGUCGAGAUUCCCACCCCACAGCGCAGUGCAUCUGGAAACAGGGCCCAUGCAUGACGGGGGGCGAUGCGUCCAAGGAACACUUCACCGGGGAGGUUUCAACGUGGAAGACCUGAACCGUACACUGUUCGAAGGCGGAGCACUCGGGGACCACCUCCUCAGAGAAUAUAAAUCGGAUCAAAUGUUGAAGAAAAAAAUAGAUGUAUCAAUAUUUAGCAAUCUGCAAACGAUUUUACCUGACGGAGAGGAGCAGAGUUCUGCUCAUUCGGUAGAAGGGGCCAAGGGUAGUAACCCUUCCGAAUCGUUGAACAAAUGUAAGGAUGUAAAACCAAGUGGGCAUGGAUCCGAAUCUUUGUCCAGAGAUGAUCAGUCGAGAGAGUGGAACGAUUGGUUGUUUAGUGCGUACUGCCCAGACCAUUGGAUUGAUCCGUUCUUUCCUCCAAGUGAUGAGCACAUGGAAAAGAAAAAAAAAAAAAACAAGGAGAAAAAAACAAAACAGAACACAUACAGUAGUAGUGGUGACUCCGGGGUGAAUUCCCCCUCAAGCAUAUUCAUCUAUUCGAAAUUUUUUAAGAACGAAGUGGAGUGCAUGCAAUAUAUUAACCUCACUCAAAGCACAUACGACAGUAGGAUGCGUCUGUUACUAAUAUUCUACAAAUUGGUGAUAAUAAUGAAACAUAGAGAAUUGCUUUACGAUGAAAUUUUUCAGAAGGAGGAAAGGCAAGCACUUAAGGAGGCCAAUAUAAGUGAAAGCACUCCCUUUCUCUUCUUCGUGUUCGAAUCGGUUAUUACCUUUAUUACUCCAUCACAACAAGUGAAUAAGAACUCUUUAUAUUACAUCCUUGUAUCAAACAUUUUGAUUAAUCUUCUGGGCAUAAUAAGUGGAAGAAGCUUCGGUGAAAGUUCUGAAGAUCGAAAUCCCAGUGGCCAACCGGAGGAAUAUACAUCCAAACAUCAAGCAAGCAUGGAAAAGAAACGAAGCAACGAUAAGAGCUCCCUUAAAAAUACUGCAGAUACGUUCCAGACCGAUGAGGGGAUAGACUACUACCACCAAGGUAGCUUUUAUAUGGACAUAUUUUCUAACGAAUCGUUCAUUUCGAAUGUGAAAAGUAAGAAAGAUCACAUUGUCUUCGAUAUUUUGAGCAACCUGUCCAGGAAGGAAGUGAACAAGUACCGAUUCGUUGGUGGGGUGAAGGAAGGGAAAGGAAUGAACCAGGAAAACAUGGAUGUGGGAUACACACACCUGAGACAAACGAACAGAGGAAGGAGAAAACGUUCUUCCGAAAAAAAUCUUAUAUAUUGUGUGCCACUCCUCCUCUCCCUAUUCGUCCGCUCUGUCACUUUGCACCUCCAGAAUUUUAAGUUCCACCACAAGAAUAUAUAUUCACAGAGAAAUUUCGAUGCUCUACAUGUGCCCAGCUCGAUCCUCAAGUAUAUCUCCCUCCAGAAUAACUUCAAUAUCAACUUGUUUGUGAACCUUUUGGAACUUUUUUACGUGACCAUUCGAAUUUACAACAAUCACUGUGUAGGACUGAACAGGUCCCUGUUCCAUGGAGAGGAGAACGCUUCUCUGGGAGGAGAUGACUCCAAGGGAGAGGCUAAUCGCGGAAGUAGGAACACACACCAACAAGGAGGAAUUCUCGGUAAUGGGCAUUCUCCCCGUGGUAAGUCAACUGAACGAGAGGAGCACCUUCACCUGUACGUAUCAACCAUGAAUGGAAUUUUAAAUGAAUGCUACGAAGCCCACGAGGAAAACAUGAAAAACAGAGAUAGCAAUGUGAUGAAGUCGAACCCAAUUGAACGUAUGUUUCUAUACUUUCUCUACAAUAGAAUAAAUUCUGUGUAUGAUCUUUUUUACAACUUUUUUUUAAAUUGUUUGAGAGAAGAAAAAAAAAAAAAAAAAAAAAAUGUUUUCGAUCUUGCAAAUGAAUACAUCUACAGCUUCUUAAAAAACGACAUCUAUGAUCAGAUAAACAGAAUCAACAAUUUUCUAGAUUCGACAGAAUAUUACGACUUUUACGUGAAUACACUAACGUUUAUGGUUUUAAAUAAGAAUACUUGCCUGCACAUAAUCAAAGGAGAUAUACUUACCAAACUUCUCUACGUACCUGAUAUCUAUCACGCUAUAUUCGACAAGAGCAAAACCUUCAGCGCCAUCUACUACUUGAACCACGAUAACCAAUAUGUACGAAACAAGAACCAUAUUAUACUUUGCUCUCUCAUUGUGUUGUUGAUAAAAAUGUUGUAUGUUUUUUUGAAGGAUGUCAAGGGAGGUGGAGUGGGUGGUUACAUGAACGCGAAUCCAUUUGGGGGUUCGCACUUGGAUUAUUUAUUAAUGCGCACAGUCGUUCCUCCCCUUGAGACAGUACAAAGCGCAGGCGUAACCAAAACGGAGGGAUGGGAAACGCACGCUGGUGACGGAAAAAGUGGUAACAGAGGGGGAGAAAAGUUGAUGAAUCGUUCUGAUAUCACUGGCGCCCGCCCAGACACCAACGAAGAACAAAGAGACAUUCACAAGGAAAAGGAGAGUACAUCCCAAACGGAGAACCAAGCGCACUUCUUCCUAGAUGCCAUGCUACAAAUUAUAAGUAAGUUAUCCGAUAGAAUAAAUUUUAUUUUUUUAAAAAUAGAAAAGAUAAAUUGCCUUGCCAUUUUUGAGGAAUCAUACUUAUAUGUCGACCUACUCACAAAAACUUCUUACUACUGCCAUCAAUUUAAUAUCAACCACAUGUUGAUAUCCUUGAUGAGGAAAGGAGUAGAGCACCACUUAUUUUACAUCAACAGAAUUUUGGAGAAAUUUAUUUUUGAAAAAGAAGUGAUUAUCGAUCCGUACAGUCCUUACGAAGUUAUUGCAUCUACUAGCGAAUCCGUUAACAAAGAUAAUAAGAAUAAAAAAAAAAAUGAUUUGUCCUUGUUUACGCAGAGAGUUCUUUACCUUUGCUAUAAAUCCAUUUUAAAUUAUAACACCAUACUUCUCAAUAUAAUUCAAUCGCCCUACUUCACCUACUCGUACUUCGUGGUGCACCUCUAUAUUCUGUUGUUGAAGUCAACUAGGCUGGUAACUAACAUCAUCGAGCACUUUGGCAGGAAAAACACGACACUUAUCCGAACGAUCAAAGUCGACGCCGGGCUCUCCUACGUGCCCAUUUGCCUGGACAUCGUCAACACCGUAAAGGAGAAGAAGAAGGAGAAAAUACACUACGCCCGUGGCACAGGCAAGCCCAGUAGGAACUGCUACCUAAGCGACAGUCACUCAGAUAGCGACGCCUCCAACUAUCAAGGAGAAAUAGUACAAUACAACAGAUCCAUAGAUGAAUACAUAAAUACAAAAAGAGUUUACAGAGACGACUAUAUGUUUAACUUCCUUCCGGAAAUGAUUGAAUUAAAAAGUUAUUAUGAUAUUAUUAGAGAAAUACUUGAGAGAAGUGCAUUCUUGGGAGCCUUCAUUUUGGAAAAACUGAAAGAUACAUGUGAAGAUUCAUGUCUCAAGCAGAUCCUCAUAAGUAACGUAUGCUCCUACCUCAUCCAUAUCAACGCCACUCUCCUUCCAUCCAACAUUUGUACUAACAAUUUGAAAAAAAAGUGCACCCUUAUUUAUAACUAUGUCGUGAACAUUCAUAAGAAGUGA